AUGGAAUCGGUAAAACAAAGGAUUUUGACCCCAGGAAAAGAGGGACUAAAGAAUUUUGCUGGAAAAUCCCUCGGCCAGAUCUACAGGGUGCUAGAGAAGAAGCAGGAGACCGGGGAGACCAUCGAGCUGACGGAGGAUGGGAAGCCCCUGGAGGUGCCUGAGAAGAAGGCGCCGCUGUGCGACUGCAGGUGCUUCGGUCUGCCACGUCGCUAUAUCAUCGCCAUCAUGAGCGGCCUGGGCUUCUGCAUCUCCUUCGGCAUCCGCUGCAACCUGGGCGUGGCUAUCGUGGACAUGGUCAACAACAGCACCAUCCACCGCGGGGGCAAGGUCAUCAAGGAGAAAGCCAAAUUCAACUGGGACCCGGAAACCGUGGGGAUGAUCCACGGUUCUUUCUUUUGGGGCUACAUCAUCACCCAGAUUCCGGGCGGCUACAUCGCUUCUCGGCUGGCCGCCAACAGGGUUUUUGGAGCUGCCAUACUUCUUACCUCUACCCUGAAUAUGCUAAUCCCAUCAGCAGCCAGAGUGCAUUAUGGGUGUGUCAUCUUUGUUAGGAUACUGCAGGGACUUGUUGAGGGCGUCACCUACCCAGCAUGUCAUGGGAUAUGGAGCAAAUGGGCCCCUCCUCUAGAGAGGAGUAGACUGGCAACCACCUCUUUUUGUGGUUCUUAUGCUGGAGCUGUGAUUGCAAUGCCUUUAGCUGGCAUUCUUGUACAGUAUACUGGCUGGUCUUCAGUAUUCUAUGUCUAUGGAAGCUUUGGAAUGAUCUGGUACAUGUUUUGGCUUUUGGUGUCUUAUGAGAGUCCUGCAAAGCAUCCUACUAUUACAGAUGAAGAACGUAGGUACAUAGAAGAAAGCAUUGGAGAGAGUGCAAAUCUUUUAGGUGCAAUGGAAAAAUUCAGGACUCCAUGGAGGAAAUUUUUUACAUCUAUGCCAGUCUAUGCAAUAAUUGUUGCAAACUUCUGCAGAAGCUGGACUUUUUAUUUAUUGCUUAUUAGUCAACCAGCAUAUUUUGAGGAAGUCUUUGGAUUUGAAAUCAGCAAGGUUGGCAUGCUAUCUGCUGUGCCACACUUAGUAAUGACAAUUAUUGUGCCUAUUGGAGGGCAGAUUGCAGAUUUUCUAAGAAGCAAGCAAAUUCUUUCAACUACUACAGUAAGAAAGAUCAUGAAUUGUGGUGGUUUUGGCAUGGAAGCAACGCUGCUUCUGGUUGUUGGUUAUUCUCAUACUAGAGGGGUAGCAAUCUCGUUCUUGGUACUUGCAGUGGGAUUCAGUGGAUUUGCUAUCUCUGGCUUCAAUGUUAACCACUUGGAUAUUGCUCCAAGAUAUGCCAGUAUCUUAAUGGGCAUUUCAAAUGGUGUUGGCACACUGUCAGGAAUGGUUUGCCCUAUUAUUGUUGGUGCAAUGACAAAAAAUAAGUCACGUGAAGAGUGGCAGUAUGUCUUCCUGAUCGCUGCCCUAGUCCACUAUGGUGGAGUUAUAUUUUAUGCAAUAUUCGCCUCAGGAGAGAAGCAACCCUGGGCAGACCCUGAGGAAACAAGUGAAGAAAAAUGUGGAUUUAUCCACGAAGAUGAGCUUGAUGAAGAAACAGGGGACAUUACUCAAAAUUAUAUAAAUUAUGGUACCACCAAGUCUUACGGUGCCACAACACAAGCCAAUGGAGGUUGGCCUAAUGGUUGGGAAAAGAAAGAGGAAUUUGUACAAGAAGACGUACAAGACUCAUACACUUAUAAGGACCGAGGUGAUUAUUCAUAA